AUGGAUUCUAGGUGUGGUAAAAUGAGAAUGAAUGUAGAAGGUGAUAGACUAAGCAACUUGCCAGAUGAGCUUAUCCAUAAAAUUCUCUCUUUUCGCCCCAUUAGAGAUGCUAUUGGUACCAGUGUUUUGUCAUCUAGAUGGAGGUUUAUUUGGACUUCAAUGCCCUAUCUCAAUUUGUCAAGUGAGGAUUUCUAUACAUUGCCAAAGUUUUCCAAAUUUGUUACCCAUGUUUUGUCUCGCCGUAACAAUUUAACAGAAGUGUAUUCAUUGAAGCUCACUUUUCGUGGAAAGGCGAGCCAGGUGUUUGUCAAGAGAAUUCUUAAUUAUGCAUUCUCUCACAAUGUCCAACAACUAAAUAUGGUAUGGAUGGAUGUGAAUAGUAAUAUGACGUUUCCUCUGUCUCUCUUUAGUUCUAAGUCUCUCAAUAGUUUGACAAUGCAAAUUGUCAAACGAAAUCAUUUAAUGGAAACAUGUUUGACGUCAAUUUCGGAGCUCCCAACAUUAACAACAUUGGAUCUUCAUUCUGUCACUUUGUGUGAUGACGAAGAUGACAAAUGCAGUGGUAUUUUCUCAAAAUGUGCAAACUUGAAGAAUCUCACAUUAAGGGAUUUUGCAACGGAAUCGGAUGGUUUGAGUAUCUUUCAUCCUCGUUUCGCUAAUCUCACACUUGAAAAUGACAACUUUGUGAAGGUGGUUAAUGUGAUUGCACCUCAACUUGAGAAUCUCACUAUCAGAUAUUGUCGUGCGGAGCAUGUGAUUUCUUCACCUCACCUUGCCUCAUUUCUCUAUUAAGGUUUUUAUCCUUUGAAUCUAUCUACUGAUGGUUUCCAUUCUUUGGAGAAGGCGGAUGUAUGUAUUUCUGGUU